CGCAUCAGCAAAUCAACCCGUGUGCACAAGGACCGUGAGUGGAAAUGGUGGGAGAAAUCUGGAGCUUCCUUGCUGGAUCGGGACCAAACAUGGUGAAAAAGCCCUCGUUUUGAGUAGCAGUUUUCAGGGUGAAGGCAUGGACGGAAAAUAAACGUAGGCACGAAGCUGGGUGAACUCGAAACCGUUCCCAAAACCUGCUUUGCGUGCGAGGGCGGCUGUGUGCAGAACACAACGCACCGCUCAGGAAAACACGGGAGGAGCCGCAGCCCGCCCUGCCCUGCCCUGACCGGACACCGGGGCCGGGUCCCGGCGGCAGGCGGCGCCGUGCCGAGCCGUGCCCGGGGGGAGCAGGGCGCACGGUGCCCGCAGCCGUGCCGCCACCGAGCAGAGCGAUACCCCUGCGGCUUGGGGCGUUUUCGGGGGGAAUCUGGGGGACUGGCCGCCUUCUGCACCGCCAGGGAGGCGGGACAGGUAACAGGGAGCAGCCACACGCUGAAAGCUUCGGGUUUUCCAUUUCGGUGGUGUUUUGCCGCUUUAAUGAAGGGGCUGGUUUUGUUUUUCCAGGUAAAUUACCUGUUGGCAGGGAAGGGGCGCUGUCCACGCGGGCAAAGUGAGGCGCGCUCGAUUAAAAGAGAGAAAAAGCAAACAAAGCAGGAAGAAGGGAAGAUGGAGGAAGCAGAAGAGGAUGACAUGGCAUGCGGAGACUUGGGAAACGGACUGGGGAGAAGACCUGGAGCUGCAUACGAAGGGGAAAAUGCACAAAACUAUUCGUUUAGAUCCAGGAAGGGAUCUGGAAAGGCUUGCAAUAGUUUCUUGUCAACGAAGAGAGUGGAAGAAAAUGAAGCUGCUCUUCCCUGCUCCAAGCAAAACAGCUUUUAUGAUGGAUCAUCCAAAAACCCUGUUACUAGUUUGACCCGACAAAAGAGCUCCGUAUCUCAUAUUCUAGUAUCUCCUAUCAAUUUUACAGAAUCCAGUACUGAAAUGUCAAAUGAAGAACUGAAGCAACAACUUCGAGAAGCUCUAGAGGAAAUUGAAAUUUUGAAAGUUGAGCUUGAAGCUUCUCAAAGACAGCUUGAAGGAAAAGAUGAAGCCCUAAGAAUUCUGCAGAGCAUGGCAGUAUUUAAUAAAGCCACUAGUCAUACAAAAGCAAUGCUUCAAAAAACUGAGGAAGAAAAGAGAACUUUAGAAAAGGAAAUAAACAUUUUGCAAUGGGAAAUCGAAUUUGAUCAGGAUAGAUUUAAAAACAUAGAAGAUACAUGGACAGAAAAAUAUGACAGGAUAUAUUGUGAAAACGCAGCUCUUAAGGAAGCAUUGAAACUGAGAACUGAGGAAGUUAAAACGCUUAAGUCUGAAAAUGCAAUCCUGAAUCAGCAGUGCUUGGAAUUUCUUGCGAUGCUGGAUGUGAACAAACAGAAGGUUGUUCAGGAAAACAUGUCCCUGAAUAGAAGCAACAUCACAGAUAUUACCGGUCUCGAACUGGCAGUUCUUGGAGCCUGCACCUGCAAUACUUCUGGGGGUCAACCUUGUUCCUGUGCUAAAAUGGCAGCUGUCACUCGAAAACAACUUCUUCAUCUCAAGCAAGAGAUCGAACUUCUGAAGAAGAGUAAAGAUGAAGCUUAUAUAAUGGCAGAUGCCUUCAGAAUUGCAUUCGAACAGCAGUUAAUGCAGCGAAAGGACCAAGCUCUGAGACUUGCAGAAGUGAUAAAGAUUAAAAAGGAAACAAAAUUUAUAAACUGGAAACGUCUGAAAGAGGAUGGGUCUGUCAAGUUACAAGGGAACAAGAAUAAUCUCGGACAGAAAUUAUCAAGCCUGCUCUCAUCAGACGUGGACAGCAGGAAAGUUGAAGAACUAGACAACCCUCAUGAAAUCCUGAAGAUAUUAAUAGAUUUGAUAAAUGACAAAGAGGAGGCCUUGGCUCAUCAGAGAAAGGUUAGUUACAUGCUAGCCCGUGCGAUGGAGCUUAAAGAGAAGGCCUGGGCAGAAGAUACAGAAGGCCACCAAGGCAAAGCUGUGCAGCCCCUGGGGCCCUCAGGGCUCUGACGCGUGGGCUGCCACAACGUUGCCACUCAAAAUGGACUUUCGUCAGCUUCUGAGGCAAACGGAUUUGCAAACUGGCUUAAAGUGCUUCGAAAAUCACACUCCUGGCCCUCAGAGACUGUGCCCUACAAAGAAAGUGACGGAAUGGUGAGCGAAACCGUUGUCAUUUCAAUACAGAGGUCAGGCGAAUAAAAACAAAGUCUUUGUUUUUUUUUUUU